AAAACGUCAUGAAGGCCGAGAGACUGGCCAAUCAUUGUGACCUGACUGUGAUUUGAUUGGCUAGCGCACCUGGCGGUCGUCGCAGAAAGGGCGGAGCCUUUUUGUGGAAAAAGUCCUGUCCUAUCGACAACAGCAGUUCAGUUGCCUCUUCGGUUGUUACGUUAAGGGGUAAACGCCGGUGUUUUUCCAACGUAGGGUACGAUAUCGCGUAGUUAAUAUUUUCGACGGAGUGCAAAGCGUUUUGCAGGACUUGGUGCAGGAUGAUAACGCUAGCGCAGACGAAGGAGACGUUCCGCCUGGCCGAGGCGGUGUGCUUUGAUGUGGACAGCACCGUGAUCCGGGAGGAGGGCAUCGAUGAGCUCGCCAAGUUCUGCGGGGUUGGAGAUGCUGUCACUGAAAUGACUCGCAAGGCCAUGGGAGGAUCAGUAACAUUCAAAACAGCUCUGACAGAGCGCCUGUCCAUUAUCAAGUGUUCACGGGAGCAAGUUAACAAACUGAUAACGGACCACCCUCCUCAGCUGACUCCAGGUAUUAAGGAACUUGUGGAGAGGCUACAUCAGCGCAGUGUGAAGGUCUUCCUCAUUUCUGGAGGCUUUCGCUGCAUUGUGGAGCAUGUAGCCACUCAGCUUGGCAUUUCUCUUGACCAUGUCUAUGCCAACCGCUUGAAAUUUUACUUCAAUGGAGAAUAUGCAGGGUUUGAUGAGACUCAGCCCACAGCAGAAUCAGGAGGCAAAGGCAAAGUGAUAAGUCUGCUGAAGGAGAAGUAUGGCUUCAAAAAAAUAGUAAUGAUUGGAGAUGGUGCCACUGACCUAGAAGCCUGCCCUCCUGCUAGUGCUUUCAUUGGAUUCGGUGGCAAUGUGGUGCGGCAGCAAGUAAAAGAGAAGUCUUCUUGGUACGUGACAAGUUUCGGAGAGCUGCUAAAAGAGCUUGAGAAGAUUUAGUGUUUUUUUGCAACCUUUUGUCUCACCAUUGCCUUGUUUGGAGCCUUUGUGCUGACUUUACAUAUUGCACAGAUUUACUUACUUGCACAGAUUUCUAAUUUUAAUGUCUGGAUUUUAACAUUCCAUCAUAUGAAACAUUUUAAUACACUAAAGUGUUUACAAGUUGUACAACCCCUGGCAAAAUUUAUGGAAUCACCACUCUUAGAAGAUGCUCACCUGGCAUUCUUACUUUGUAUCCAAUCACAUAUGACACAACUAUUUUUUUUUGUUUGUUUGUUUAAUAGCUGAGUAUUCUGGCUUCCUGAAACAUACCUCAAACAAAUUAAAUUAAAUUGUAAAUAAAUAAUAAUAAAUAAACAACAUUUUCCAGAUCAAUUAGAGGAAAAAAAAUAUGGAAUCGAUAACAACAACAACAAAAAAAUAUCAGAAUCAGUAUUUUACUCCUACUCAGGCUUUUAUGACGGCUUGAAUUAUUUGAGGCAUGGACUUCACUAAUGGACAAACAAUAUUCUCCAACAAGCUGGUUCCAGCUUUCUCAAAUAACAGUUGAGAGAUCCGCUUUGCACGAUGGAGCCUUGUCAUGGACCAAUUUUUUAAUUUCCACCAUAAAUUUUCAAUGGGAUUGAGAUCUGGACUGUUUGCUGGCCAUGUCAUUGAGUUGAUUUGCCUUUCCUGAAGAAAAGCUUUAACACUCUUCGCUCUGUGGUACGAUGCAUUAUCAUCCUGAAAAAUAACUUCAUUACCACCAAUCCUAUUUUCUAUCAAUGGAAUGAGAAAAGUGUCCAACAUUUCACUGUACACUUGUGCAUUGACUGUUGAGGUCUCCUCUGGUCCUUUACCUGACAUGCAAUCCCAUAUCAUAAAUGAGUGGGGGGAAAUGUGAUUGUUUUAUUCAGGCAGUCAUCUUUAUAUGUUUCAUCAGAACGACACCAGACAAAAGUUCCAGCAGCAUCUCCUUAGCCAAGGCAAAUUUGUGAUUCAUCACUGAAUAUCACUUUCUUCCAAUCAUCUACACUCCAUGGUUGCUUCUCUUUAGCCCACUGCAACCUUGUUAUCUUCUGUUUAUGUGUUGGUGCUGGUUUUCGUUGGCUUUUCUAUACGUAAAUCCUAUUUCAUUCAGUCGAUUUCUUACAGUUCAUUCACAAACACCGACUCCUGUUUCUGCCCAUUUGUUUAGCAUUUUAUAUUUGUUCUCCUUUUUUGUUCUCAUUUUCUAUAUGUUUUCCUUUUAUAACCUUCCCAUUUUGUUUAUACUUGCACCAAAUUUUAUACACAGCUGACUGGGAACAACCUCUUUUGCUACACUGUGUUGGAUUCCCUUCUUGAAUUAGUUUUAUAACCCUUUCCAUUAUUUCAAUUGACAACUCUCUUGUUGGCCAUGUUUCCUUUCAAAAAGUCCAAGGUUAAGGUCUGUAAGCACUCUCUUUUAACUGCAGACUAAUUAGCAUUUUUUUUUUUUUUAGAUUUGUGCUGGUAUUUGUUUUAGAAAU